UCGGAGGCGGCGCUGGAGCGGAAGCUGUCGGAGCUCAGCAACUCGCAGCAGAGCGUGCAGACCCUGAGCCUGUGGCUCAUCCACCACCGCAAGCACUCGGCGCUCAUCGUCAGCGUGUGGGAGCGGGAGCUGCGGAAAGAUGGCAGCAGAGGGACUGUCUGACAAAAUAGCAUCUGACAUGGAAGUGCACAUGAAGCAGAAGUGCAUCGUUGAACUCCUCCAUGUGGACAAAAUUGCACCUACUGACAUUCAUUGGCGCUUGCUGAAUGUUGAUGGAGACCAACCAGUGGAUGUGAGCACAGAGAGGCAGAUGGUGGAACGUUUCAGCAGUGGCAACGGUGAUGUGGAAGAUAAGCCAUGUUCUGCACAGCCAUAUACAGCUGUCACGCCAUGAAAUGAAGAGCAUCUUGAUCAGCUCAUCCAUGUGAAUCUGAAGAUUACAAGCAGAGAACUGUGAACGAAGCUGAAUAUCGGCAUCAGUGUGUUGGAGGUGGCAGUGCUGGUGUAUUGUGAAGUUUGUGCCUGGUGGGUCCCAUGAAUGCUCAGUUUCGUAGAUCGCAUCAUUACCAGUGAUGUGACGUGGUGUCACCUCUAUAAGCUGGAGUCAAAAUGGCAAUCCAUGGUGACACAUGAAUUCCCCAUCAAAGAAAAAGUUCAAGAUGAGGCUCAUAGCAGCAAAACCAAAUAGGAAGCUGACAUUCCUGUACUUGGCCAAUGAUGUCAUACAGAACAGCAAAAGGAAAGGACCAGAAUUUACAAAAGACUUUGCUCCGGUAAUAGUGGAGGCUUUUAAGCAUGUGUCAAGUGAAUCUGAUGAAAGUUGUAAAAAGCACCUUGGCCGAGUGCUCUCUAUCUGGGAAGAAAGGUCUGUUUAUGAAAAUGAUGUAUUAGAACAACUUAGGCAAGCUUUGUAUGGGGACAGAAAGGUGAAGAAGCGUACGUAUGAACAGAUAAAAGUUGAUGAAAAUAACUGUUCACCUCGAAGUUCUCCCACUGACCCUCCACAGACCAUGGAUCUCAUUAGAGCAUUACAAGAACUAGAAAAUGCUGCUUCUGGGGAUGCAGCAGUUCAUCAGAGGAUAGCUUCUUUGCCUAUAGAGGUCCAAGAUGUGUCCCUGUUAGACAGGAUAACAGAUAAGGAGUCUGGAGAGCAACUUUCCAAAAUGGUAGACGAUGCAUGUAUGUUGCUGGCGGAUUACAAUGGCAGGUUGGCAGCUGAAAUAGAUGAUAGGAAACAGCUAACUCGAAUGUUGUCAGACUUUCUACGAUGUCAAAAAGAAUUUCUUGCAGAGAAGGAACAUAAGCUGGAAGAAUACAAACGCAAGCUAGCCAGAGUGUCCCAAGUACGGAAAGAACUCAGGACACGCAUCCAGAACCUGCCUGACCUCUCUCGACUUCCCAAUGUCACGGGCAGCCACGUACACCUACCGUUUGCAGGAGACAUCUACAGUGAUGACUGAUUGCAAGAAUACCCUUCCGUAACCUCUACUUUUCUGUGAAAUGAGGGGUAGGUCAGACUGAUUGGUACUCUUGUAGUAUUAUUUUUGUAUAUUGUUGGAGAGUGUCAGUAAAAAUACUCUAAUAAUUUAUUUAAAAAAAUGAUUUAAAAAGCUGAUUUGUUUACUAUUUUAUUGGCAAGUGGACAUAAGGGUACAUUUAUAGAAAGUGGCAUCUGCAUCUAUUAUAUUACAGAAUGGGUAACUAUCUUAUCUUUUGUACAGAUUUUGGUUGGGUGCCCUGUAAAAAAAAAAAAAAGAAAAAAAAAAAACAUGCUAAGAUUUUUUCCUAUGUACCCUAUAUUUAAUGUACAUCAACAUAUAAUCAAAGCAUACUUCUAACUUGAAACAUUUCAGUUGCUAGUGAGGGAGUGAAACGUGGAAACCACAAGCUUAUGUUUGCAAGGUUAAUGCAGUUUAAUGCAAAGUUGAAAGUAAUCUUCCUAUCCAUUAUAUUUAAACUAUCCAAUCUUAAAAUUAAGUCAGGUGGUUUAUUUUGAUGUAAAUGUUAGUAACCAAUUUUGUAUUGGAAAACAUUAAUCAUGUUACACUGAGUAGAUCUUUAAAUGACUCAAAAUGUUGCAAUAUGUUAGUAUGAUUUAAAAGUCAGCAUAAAAAACUAUACAAUUGACCAUUUUAAUUAGGUUUCAAAAUUGGAACUUUUCUUUUUAUAGCUGCUUAGUUUCUAAAUUGAGGAACCAUUCAUUUAUACUCUAAUCCCUUUCUGGAACACCUGUCUCAGUCUAAAAAGGUUAAUUCCAGAAAUGUGAAGCCAUUUUACAGCUUUAAUUAAAUUGGAAGGUCAUUCUGUGAACUAUCCCAAUCAUUAAAUGCCCAUUACUAAAUCUGACAAUGCUAUAUACCAUUUAUGCAUGCCGUAGCAUGGCACAGCCAAGUUGUAAGCUGUAUGGAAGCUCUGAGCCAAGCCACCCUCUUCCACUCAGAAACCCCAGGGGUCAGCAUAGGCUUCCAGCCUCCUAUCUCCACCUCUCCAGCAAACAUUUCUACAUCUCGAUGGUCUUUUCUCAUGAGGAAGGGAGGAGAUGGUUCAGGCCAGUGUAUAAGUUGAACUAUGGAAAAUUAUUGCCUAGUGUUUUUUUUAAAACAACAAACACAACCAGACAACCCUUUGCUUGCCACAAAUGUGAUACUCAUCUACAGGUAUUCAAGCUUGUGAAAAUUCCUUGUUUCCAUACGAUGCACCAGCUUUUAAUUUCACUCAAAAACCCAAAGAUUUAGACAGGCAUGUAGGGAAUUGACAGGAAACUUAGGUUUUUCAGUCAACUGGAAUUAGACAGUUGUUGAGGAGUGAUUCAAAAAAUGCCUACCUGUAUCCUUUGGCAUUUAGAUGACCUUAAAAACCUAGUCUGCAAGUGCUUUGACUUUGAUGGAUCAUCUGAGCGUUCAUUGACAGCAUUUUGUUCAUAGAUAUGCUUGUUUGCAUCAGCGGAGUUCAGAGUUCACAGGCUUUUCGUUCCUUUUUACAUGAAAGCAAACUUUAAAAAAAUAAUCUAUUUUUUCCUUUUCAAAAACUGCAGUGAUUGAGAAUAGUCCUGGAAUUAAGCUGGAGAGUGUUUUGUCACUUGUGUUUGACUUUCACAGGGCCAAUCCCUAGAAUGUUCUAUGUGUAGAAUAACAUUUCUUUUUAAAAUAUUUACACCUGCACAUAAACACCCCACCUAAGACAUGAAUUAGACCUCAGGUAAAUAGGAAAAUAAAGAAAAAAAAACGAGCUGUUGACCAAGCAUUCCAGAGCACGCAAUGUAGAAUAUUAAUGACAUCAAAAAUUGUAGCUGCUGACAGGAAGGAAUGCUAAAAAUAGCACCUGGCUGCCCAAAAUUUGUAAGUUAACUAUCGUUAAUCCAGAAGAGUGUUUCUUUUGUUUAGAUCUAAUAUAUGAAAUUAAGUAACAGUUAUUGCCAUCUUUUCAGGUUACAUUUAUGCUGAGAAAAUGAACGUGCAGAUAAUAUUUAUGUAUUUGUAGUAUUUCUGUUGUAGUAUGUUAAAAACGAGCUUGUAAAUUUUAGAAAUCUGUGUAUGUGUGUUACAGCUGUGGUUCAAGUUCAGCUUUGCUAAAGAAUAGCAUUGAAUUUGUUACAAGUAUUAAAAUAAUACAACCCGUUAAGAACUAUAAAACAAAUCGUAGAACAGGAAGGAUAAAUAGUGAGUCCACUGUUGAAUCCCAUCCGUGGAAAUCUUAAUUUGUACCCAGAGGUGAUUACAAGUGCAGUGCCAUGGCUUGCUAGAGUCCGUUGAAGGAUCUAAGUCAUGGAUACUCAAAACCACAGGGAAUUUAUUAAACUUAAACUAUCUUUUGCUACCUUAAUUAAAAUAUAAUAAUGAAGUAGAAUGCUGAAUUUCCUUGAUUUCUCAAGAGAAUUUAAAAAGAUACAACACUUACUUCACUAGGUUUGCUUUUCCUGUUCAUAACGUUAUCUUUGUAAUAAUGUUGCUUAUCUAAAGAUAAUGCGGAACUGAUAAAAGAAUUAGGAAAAAUCUCUUUUUUCUUGUUGUAUAUAUGUUUUAAUUUUGAGAGUGUUAUUUUAUGUACAUAUUUUUUCUUUAUUUUACUGCGUUAAUUGUUCACUUCAAGGAGUAUUUUGUAGUUGGAUUUUUGGAAAUUAACCCUCAAAAUUUGUUUGAAAAAGAGGGCUUACCAAAGGUAAACAUCACUGUUACAGCAGGUGUCUUAUAUUGGUGGCUGAAUGGUAUGUAGUGGUUUUUGCUUGUUUGUUUUCUGUUUUAUUUCUACGGGAAAGGCAUUGUGUAUCAACUAGUUAGAAGAUUUAUAUUGUAACUGCAAUAGCAUAGUAGGAGAUAACAUGGUAUGAUACAAAUGCAGCCCUGUAGUAUCAGAAGAUACCUCCAAAUUCUCAGGUUCCAAAGCUUAUUGUGUAUACUUCUGACAUCUCAGGAAGAAAAGAGGCUGGGUGGGGAAAGUGAGUGCCUAGAAGCUAAAAGGGGAAGAAAAUGCCUGAGUAGGAAUGAGAAGCAAAACAAGUGUCAGUGCUUGUCAAAAUGGAAAUCACAGCGUGAAACUGAGCGGCGCGAUGUUUUUGACCUGUAGAUGGGAUUCUACAAUGGGACUGCUUUGGGGGUGUUGCCACACCGUGAAAAUAUGUGGGUGUACCCUGCCCAUCUCUUCUAAUGUGGUAUGACUCUACCCGCACCAGAAUGCCCACCCUACAAAAGGCACAAAUAUGAAAUAUCUGGACAUUUUUCAUUUAAUAAUAAAUCCUAAUAGUCAGACUAUUUGCUUCACUAUAUUGCACUUUUAUUGAGCAUUCUUUGAAAAAAAAAAAAAAGCAAAGACAAUCCUGCAGCUCUUUGCCAUAUGAGAAUGCUUACCUUGGAGGUCACUGGGACUGCUUGUAUAUUCUAGUGUUUGCAGGUUCAAGCUGUAUUUUUGCAAAAUGUUUUGAAAACUACCAAGAACAUUACCCCGCUUCUCUGGUUUUAGAAGUAAAUGUGAAACCCUUAAUUAUAAAAAUUAUGAUUCUUAGAAACCGUGUUUCAUUGCUCCUUUUGAAAAUUAAAGUAUAUAUUGCGGUAACAUUAGCUUGUCUGUCUCACUCAGUUAAUGUUUGUGGUAAUACAUUGAAGCACCUCAGCUAAUCUCUAUGAACACAAGCCAAAUUUCAUGCUUAUUAUGUAUUUUAUGUGAGUAGGCUUCUGAAUGUCAAACAGAGAUCUUUCAUUAUAAUAAAUAGACAUUCCUGUUUUCCUGAAGUUUUAAAAGAUAAUGUUUUAGGAUUUUAGCAGACUAAUAUUCUCUCCCUAGCCGGUGGCAUCUCAGGCUGGUAAUUUAGUGAUUGCCCCAAUUACACGUCCAGGAUGCAGUAGUCCCCUGCACAGAUGAACAUGGAGAUCACGCAUAGGCUUGAUUGGCCCUCUGCAGAGGAGCUCUAUUUCAACCUUCUGAAACGUGAGCAAAUAGAUUCAUGGUUUUUUUUCCUUUGGAAAGAUUGGUGAAAUAGGAAACCAGCACGUCUAAAAUUUGGCUGCUACAUUUAUAAAUAUUUAGGGCCAGUUCUGCUCAUUGCUCAUGCAUAUAAUCACAGCGACUGUUCCUGCAAGUAAAGAAAGCAGAUUCAAAUAUAACGUCUGAAGUGGAACUGUUUUUUUUUUUUUUUAACGAAUGACUGAUUUUGUCUCAGCUCCUAUUUCAGUGUGUCAUUUACCUUGAUUAAGUAGAAAAUCUCUUCCAUCGUGUUAUUUAGAAAUCUAAUUCUAAUUUCAUUUUUACAACAUUUAAAGUAUCCUACUAAGCAUGAUGUUUUUGUGGGAAUUUGCAGAAGUUCAAUAGCACUCUUGUUACUUGUCUGCAACAGAAAUAGACACAUUUGUUAAAAGCUAACCAGAAAAGUUUGAAAUGUAAAGAUGUUUCAUUAUUGUGCUCUUCUGACAGAUUGUGUAAUCCUUGUGUAAUUUAUGUCCUCAAAAUAACACCUGUAUGUAUGCUCUUUCAUAUUUAAUAGAAUAAAACAUUGUUGUAAAAUA